AUGGCGAGAGGAUUUGUAAAGCACUCCCUUCGUCAAAGGCUGUUACUCUUAGCGUUUCUCACGAUUAUUACAGUAUGUAUGUAACUUUCCGAGUGUCAGACGUCUUUUUCAAUAGAAGUCUAAGAAGAUGUCUCGAUAGCAGGGGAGUGGUUUCGUUAUCCCCGAACUUUUCUCGCCACUAGCGCAGACGUGCUACUAGUACCAGUUCCAGUAACAAGACAACCUGGCCGAGAAUUCACCGCGGAGGUUCCUGGCAAUGGAACGGUUCAAGUUUCACCUGCGGAGGAGAAAUGGCUAAAACACGAGGAUGGAUGGAUUACACGAGUUACCCUCGUCAUUAUCUCGAUGUUUGCGAACUUGUCAAAAAGUUUUUUAAACGUAGAAAAAGUUUAGGCAAAAGUUUGUGCAUGGUGGUAUUUACUUGUGUGUGAACCGCAACGUGUUUGGAAACUUGCCUUCUGCGACUUAAAAUAAGAGAGAGAGUUUUAAAAAAAAGAAAUUGCAACCAAAAUGUUUGGGUAAAAUUUAUGGAAUAUAUCCACAUGUGGAUAUUGUUUAACAUGUUUUGUCUCACGUGAUAGAAUUAACUUCUUUCACUUUUGACAGAGAGAAAAUAUUGUAAAUACUUUUUUUAAAUUCUGAAAAUUAACAUUUAAAAACUGUUUAUUUUAAUUUGUUGAGUUCUUCACGCACUUCAAAGAAUCUUAGCAACCAGUCAUAAUAGACUUAACAGUGUAAUAGGGGAGUGUAAAGUCUAGGAUUUACAAAAUACAUUUUACGAAGUGCCCGUCUUCACAUUAAAUAGAGUACUAUUUGUGAUUUUUAAAAUACCCGAUGAAUGGCGAGGAGGAAUAUACUAUGGCAAAAAGGUAUGGAAGUACAAAUGUCUUAUGGAUCAGUUUAGUUCUUGGAUUCAUUGUGGGAAUUCUCUUCUCAAACUGGAUGAAGUCUAAUUUUUUCUCUCACUGCGGCCUGCCCGACAUUUGCUGCGAAGAGCGUGGAUUGUCCGUUGGUAUGUUCGGAGCUGGAGAUUCUCCUGCAACAAGUUCGGCAGAUGGAGAACUUGCGCCCGAAAAAUCUAACGAAAAUCCAUUCGUAUUUGUGGGUAUGAUGACUGCCAAAAAAUUCAUAGACACGAGGGGGUUGGCGGCACAUAGGACAUGGGUAAAAUCGAUCAAUGGCAAGGUGAUGUUUUUCUCAAGCGAGGGGUCGAAAUCCAGUUACGGCGUACCCGUUGUUGCUCUCCCAAAUGUCGACGAUUCAUAUCCACCUCAGAAGAAAUCCUUCAUGAUGCUGAAAUACAUGCACGAUCAUUUCCUUGACAAAUACGAAUGGUUUGUGCGUGCCGAUGACGACGUUUUUGUUAAAGGCGACAGACUGGAAUUGUUUCUGCGCUCGGUGAAUAGUUCAAAACCGCAGUUUAUAGGCCAGGCCGGGGUGGGAAAGCAAGAGGAACUGGGUCUGUUGAGUCUGACGGCCACAGAAAACUUCUGUAUGGGCGGCCCGGGGAUGAUUUUCAGUCGCGAGACGCUGCGACGGAUGGCACCGCAUAUCAGCUAUUGUCUGCAGAAUCUAUACACCACGCACGAAGAUGUGGAAAUCGGUCGAUGUGUUCGCAAAUUUGCUGGAAUACAGUGCACAUGGGCUUACGAGAUGCAGCACAUCUUGUACCAGAACUACAAAGAGGACAAGGGAUCGUUCAAGAAGACCCUCAAGAGUAAAGAGGUCCAGAACGCCGUGACCCUGCAUCCCGUGAAGGACCCCAACUACCAGUUCCGCAUCUACAACUACCUCCAGUCGACCCAGAUCAUGAACCGGCACCAGAAGCAGAUGCAGAUGAUCCGCGAGAUGACCAUGAUGAAUCAGCUGCUUGGGGUCCAGAAGUCUAACGUGGUGGAGAACAAGCUGGGCAUGAUGCCCAGCCUAAACAAACAUGUGCCAAGAGACGCGGAUGAGGUCAUCUCGUGGGACUUCAUAAAGAAAUCCAUCUUCUCCAACCAUCACUCGAAUCCCCGGCGGGGCAUAGAGCUCUCGCUAUCGGGGUCGUUGGAUGAUGUCAUCAUGCAGAUCAUGCACUUGGUCAACAAGAACGCUCGCCAGAGGGGAAGGACUAUUGAUUUCAAAGAGAUUUUGUACGGAUAUCACAGAGCCAACCCUCUGUACGGUGCAGAUUACAUUCUUGAUUUGUUACUCAUUUACAGAAAGCACAAAGGUCGACGGAUGACCGUGCCAGUUCGUCGACAUGCUUACCUGCAACAAUCAUUUCUCGAUGCUCAGUACAUUGAGGAGAUCCCAACCUACCACCCGGAGCCCAGUGUCGGGGCUCAGGUCCUUCAACUGUUCCAGCAGUUUGCUGGCAGGACGCUUAACAAUGAGCUUGACAAGAGGACCGAAACAAUUCACAUGAUCAUGCCACUGUCUGGCCGGUUCAAGAUCUUCCAGCGGUUCAUGAGGAACUUCGAGGAGAUCUGCCUCAAGCCGGGCCAGAACGUCCAGCUUCACAUGGUUAUCUUCAACAAUGAGAAGGAGGACAUGGCCCUCGAACGGACUAUCGAAUUGCUGCAGCGCUACCAGCGCCGUUAUCGUGGUAACUACAUUGAGAUUAUCCAGGCGAAUGGAGCCUUCAACCGUGGCAGGGGCAUCGAGUUGGGCGCCUCGCGGUGUAAGGGAGAUUCGCUGAUGUAUUUCGUGGACGUCGACAUAGUGUUCAAUAGUGAUGCUCUAACCCGGAUACGGCUGUUAACGAAACAGGGUCAACAGGUCUACUUUCCAAUUGUGUUCAGUCAGUUCGAUCCAGUGACCGUUUGCAAGGACCGGCCCCCGUACUGCAUGUGUUCCGGCAGAAACCACUGCUUCAUCCACCCGUGGGACUUCAGCCUCAAGGCGGGCUACUGGCGGCAGUUUGGUUUUGGUAUUGUGGCCAUGUACCGCAGUGACAUGUUGUCCGUAGGAGGGUUUGACUUGACGAUAGAGGGCUGGGGGAAGGAGGAUGUGGACUUGUACACCAAGUUUAUCGAGAGCAACAUCACAUUGUUCCGCAGCGUCGACCCAGGCAUGACGCAUGCAUUCCACGCCAUUGUUUGUGAUUCGAACCUCGAGCCGGCUCAGUACCAGAUGUGUGUGGGCUCGAAGGCACAGAGCUAUGGGUCAGUGCAGGAGAUGGCCAGUGUGGUCUAUGGGAUUGAUGAUAUUAUGCAGAGGCAUGAACAGCAUUUACUGAACAUCGGCUCUUAA